AUGCCCCGCCGCGCUCCCUCAACCAACACCCCCACUUCCGACACCACUACCACCACAGCGUCCCCAGCAAAGGUCCGGUGGCCAGCCACAUUCACAGAUGGCUUGCCACUUCCAAAAAUAGUCGUCUUCGACCUCGAUUACACUCUCUGGCCCUUUUGGGUAGACACGCAUGUUACCGCCCCGCUUAAGCCUACCGAAGGCGGCUUAAAGGCAAAGGACCGAUAUGGCGAGGGCUUCGGCUUCUACACUGACGUUGGGGGUAUCCUAGAAGCACUCAAAGCUAAGAAUAUCCUCAUCGGCGCUGCUUCUCGCACCUGCGCCCCGGAUCUCGGUCGCGAGAUGCUUAAGCUGCUCAAGAUACCCAGCCCUUCCGGCUCUUCAUCCCGCGCAAUCGACUACUUUGACCACCUGCAAAUAUACCCAGGCAACAAGACUACGCAUUUUGAGCGCAUACACCGGGACAGCGGUCUCGAGUAUGAAGACAUGCUCUUCUUUGACGACGAGGCUAGGAACAAAAAUGUAGAGGUCCUAGGCGUCACGAUGCAGCUUAUUAGGGAUGGUGUGACAAUAGAGGAGAUCGACAACGGAGUUCGGAGUUGGAGGAAGAGGAAUGGCAAGACAAAGCCAUUGGGGCAAUGA